AUUCGUAAUCCCGCUCGGCGCUCACACCUCCGCAGUCCGAGAACUGAGGUCUCUGACUAGUGAUAACGCUAUUUACUAUUUAGUUUUAGUAACUGAUACCUAUUUAGUAUUUAAACAUAUUUUAGUAUUUAUUAUUUAUUCAUUUAUUAUACUCGACACUCAACAAUCAUACCUACUCAUAACUCAUAGUUUAUGGAUCUUGAUUCACAUUGAUACAAUAUCACGGUAAUAAAUUAUAAAUCAUUGAAAAGGCUAAAGGAUUCAAACCCAGUUCAUUAAAAAGUAAAAACUGCUAAUUUUUCAGUGAUAUAAGUUAUAAAUCUUCUCUGUUACUCUUCGGCUUACUAAAUCAGUUUUGAAGCUAUUGAAAAUGUUUUAAAUAAUAAACCGAGUAUAGACUGGUAGGUAGUAAAUUACCAAUGUAAUUGGUUAUUUAUUUUUAUUUUUUAUUAGACUUUGUUUUAUAUAAGAUAAACAUGGCCAUACGAGAAAUGGAAAUCUCAGACCAAAUGUUUUCAUUAAGUCAAUCAGACAUUUGUCGACUUUGUGGACUAAGCAACUCCUCAAGGUUCCUGAUAUACAGAAAAGUAGAUGCUGCUGAAUUGACUAUUGCGGAUUUAAUCAACCGCUAUUUGCCUAUUCAAGUUUCUGAUGAUGACGAAUACCCAAGAACUAUAUGUUCAAACUGUAAAUGCCAGUUGGACAUGUUAGUGAAAUUUAUUGAUGAUUUAUUAGAUGGUCAAAUGUUUCUCAAAAAUAUUUAUAAAAUGUACAAGUCUAAACAGCUUUCUUCAGCUGAAUAUAUACCUCUGGUUGAUGAAAGAAUCACUAAUUUCAAGAAUAAUAUAAACACUAAGAGUAAUGACGUGGAAUUUGUAUGUGAGACUUGUGGCUCAACAUUAGCUGACAAAAAUGACUUAAAGGUUCAUUUGAAAAACCAUCAUGUUACUGAAGAACCACCAAGCCAAAGUGGUAGUUCAACAAUUAAAGUUGCUGAAAGAUUUUCGUGUGAACAUUGCAAGAAAACAUUUGCCCAAAAAAAUGGGCUUAAUACUCAUUUAAAAACACAUAAAGGUGAUAAAAAGUAUGUCUGUAAAGUAUGUAAGAAAAGCUAUUAUCAAAAUGGAAACCUACAAGAACAUAUGCGCAUACAUACUGGAGAAAAACCUUUCUGUUGUGAAUAUUGUACAGUAUCAUUUAGAACAUCAUCUCAGUUGAAAACUCACAUUCGGUGUCAUAGUGGUGCUAAACCUUACAAGUGUUUAGUGUGUGAACGAUCAUUCCCACAUAAUAAUACUUUAAAAAUUCAUUUAAGGCGUCAUUACAAUGAUCGACAGUACAACUGUGAAUAUUGUCCAAAAAAAUUUGUUGACCGUACAGCGUUGGUCAGACAUUCUCGUACACAUACAGGGGAAAAACCUUAUUAUUGUGAUGUGUGUAACAAGGAUUUUGCCACAGUCUCAAAUUUUAACAAACAUAGAAAAAUACAUAUGAAAGAUAAAAAUUCUACAGUAUGGGAGCUGACUACCAAAUUCCAAAAAGGCGGUUCAGAAAUUGAUUUCAUAAAUGCUACAAUAAUUAACGAUAAUGAUUUACAGCCAUGCGAUAGAACAGAGGACUUAUUUUUAAUUACCAAUCAAGUCAAGGAUCUGAACACUGAUAUACCGUCCAAUAGUGUUAAUAAUUUGGAUGAUCUAUUAAACGUCAACACUUCCUUCACAUCUUUGAAUUCUAUUAGCUUCAAUGAAUCUAUUUUAGAGUUAGCUGAAAACAUUGUACCUUAGAGCCGAGUAUGAUGGUAUAUUUUGUAUUUAUAUGAGCUAAAUUAACAAUAUUUUGUAUUAUGAGAUUGAACAAAUGUCACUGACUUAUAACAUAACCAUCAGCCCCAUGCUGCCAUUGAUAAGACUGAUGACUACAGAUUGUAUCGGGCUUAUAAAAAUGUAUCAUGUUAUUCUUAAAUUAUAUUUAUUUAUCAUUGA